AUGACGCAAUUUUUGCCGGAUAAUUUACUGGCUUUAUUUGAAGCACGACCACCAUUACCUUAUAAACCACCACCAGAUGAAUUACUUAUUGAUCGGAAACGACCUAAAAUGUCCGGCUUGUCCGAAUACAUCCAUCUUUUCGAAGACCCUAAAGAUACGCCACCAAAACCAAUCUACGAGACGAAAGAAGAAAGGCGAGCUCGACGGCGAAAAGAAAAAGAAGAAUUGCUGGCAUAUAAAAUUGAACAAGGCAUUGCAACAUGGAAUCCAGCUCAAAAUCCAAGUGCAACCAUUGAUCCAUAUAAAACUCUGUUUGUAGCUCGAAUAAAUUACGAGACUUCGGAAUCAAAACUUCGGCGAGAAUUCGAGCAAUUUGGAAAAAUUACGCGCCUAGUUCUGGUUCAUGAUAAGAAUGGAAAACCACGAGGUUACGCUUUUGUCGAAUAUCAACAUAAAGAAUCGAUGUCAGAAGCUUACAAAAAAGCGGAUGGCAUGAAAAUUGAUGGACGACGGGUGGUGGUUGAUUACGAGCGUGGUCGUACGCAAAAAUCUUGGUUACCGCGACGAUUAGGUGGUGGUAAAGGUGAUACACGACGUCUUCGUGAAUCGAAAGCUGUGCUUGAAGCAGCUGCAUUAGAAAUGGCUCAUGAGGAUCGUGAUCAUCGAUCUUCAUCCACUCAUCGCUCAUACUCACAUGAUCGGGAUCGUGAACAUAAUGGUACAGUUUCGUCCAGUUCAAGGCGUCACAGUCGUAGUCGUGAUCGUGAUCGUGACCGUGAUCGUGAUCGCGACAGAGAUCGUGAUCGUGAUUCAAGACGGUACGAUGAUCAUCGUUCGUCGCGUGACGGUCGAGGCGAUGGUGAUCGAGAUCGGGAAUAUCGUGAUCGGGAUCGUGACCGGGAUAGAGGCCGCGAUUAUGAUCGUCGGCGUCAUUAA